AUGGAUCUAUUCUCCCGGAGCGGGUUAUUUCCGAAUGGAUUGUUCGACGAGACUCGGCGUACGCUCAACAUUCUCGUCCCGCUCUUUGCACCUUCCGCAUCCAAAUGGUUCAAGCAAGAAAUGUCGGCGGGGUUCUUCUCCUCCGGACGACCGCGCUAUCGGCCUGAUCCCGCCGUGGCGGCGUCUGGAAGUAUGAGCCAAGAACAGCGCAAGCUGGAGCAUUUUACGUACUUUCGCGACCGCCUGGUCAUCCUCAAAGAAGAAUACGACGCUCAUGAGCCUCAAAGUGUGAUGCAAUAUUGGUAUGACUACCGCAAACCAGCCCAGUGGUGGACAUUCUGGAUCGCUGUUCUCGUUUUCAUCUUCGGAGUCACGCAGGUCAUUGAGGGUGCAAUACAGUGUUACAAGGCGUAUCAUCCCAGCACAUGA